AUGAGACAUCGUAAGUUGCAGGGCAGUAGACGCCUUGCCCUAGACGCUUACUACACAGGGGCCCCAACGUUACUCCUUCGGCUUACGGGGACACCGGCGGAAGGAGGACCCGAGCCGCAGGUUUUCAUGGGCCCACUGGCCCCUGGGCAGCCGCGGAAACCGUCACGCGGGACAUUGCUGCAGCAGCAAAGGCAGCAGCUGGGGGCAACAGUGCAACAAGAUGAACGCUGGCGGCUACGGACCACCCGUGCAGCCUUCAUGGCAGCAGCAGCAGCAGCAGCAACAGCAGUUGCUGCAGCAGCAGGGACUGCAGCAACAACAGGAUUACGGCAACAGCAGUUGCUGCAGCAGCAGGGACUGCAGCAACAACAGGAUUACGGCAAGCAACAACUGGCAGCUGCUGUGGGAGGGGUGCAGGGGAAUCCACAACAACAACAGCAGUGGCAGCGACACAUGCAGCAGCAGCAGCAUGCAUCUAACCCCAUGAUUAGUAACCAAAUGGGGCAGCACUCAAUUCAUGGACAACCAGGAAUGAUGAUGCAGCCUCAGCAACAGAUACACUGGCCGCAACAGGAGGUGCAGCAGGCGCAGCAGCCACUUCCGUGGCAGCAGCAGCAUCCGCAGCUGCACCAGUCAACUCAGCAGCAGCAGGUUCAGCAGCAGCCACAGCAAUUACAACCUCAGCAGCAGGUAACGCAGCAGCAGAUAUCUCAUGCUCAGCAGCUACAGCCCCAGCGACUACAGCAGCAGCCACCUCUGCAGCCGCAGCUGCAGCCGUCUCAGCUGCAACAGCAGCCACAGCUGCAGCCAUCCCAUCUGCAGCAGCAGCAACAGCUGCAGCAGCCAAAGAUGCAACAGCCACAGCUGCAACCGCCCCAGCUGCAGCAGCCCCAGCUGCAACAGCCACAGCUGCAGCAGCCACAGGCGCAGCAACCACCGCUGCAGCAGCCACAACUGCAGCAGCCACAGCUGCAGCAACCACAGCUGCAGCAGCCACUGCCGCAACAGCCGCAGCAGCCACAGCCCCAGCAGCCACAGCCGCAGCAGCCACAGCCGCCACUGCUGCAGCAGACACAACUGCAGCGGCCACAACAGCAACCGUUAGCUGAAGCGCCUCCCCCACAGCAGCAGCUGCUGCAGCAGCAAAGUAGAGUCCCAGGGCAGUAUCCGCCGCACCAACAGUCAAACCCAGUAAGACAGACUGGAUCUUUAGGGGCACCUGUUCCCUCUGCAGAAGAACUUCGUGCUCCAAAUGGUUAUCCUGAAGCUGCUGCUGCUCCUGGUUUUGGUAAUCAAGCUGCUGCAUGGGGGCAACCCCCGCCAACUGCACAGCCCGUGAGGUCUAGCCCCACCGUGGGAGAUGCACCAACAGGCAAUCUUGCCUUUGCUCCGCAGCAGCAGCAGCAGCAGCAGCAGCAGCAGCCACAACAGCAGAUGCAGGAUCAACGCCAGCACGUGCCGCCGCAACAACAGCAACAACAGCAGCGCCUUUUUUAUUCAGCUGGAGAGACCCAGUCAGCAACCAUGCAGCAGCAGCCAACUCCUCAGCGUCCUGCGCAGGAUACGCAGGGGCAGAGACCCUUCCAACCCCACGAACAGCAAUACCGGCCGCAACAGCAGUAUCAACAGCAACAUCCACCGUUGCAACAGCCGACACAGCAACAGCCUGCACAGCAGCAGCAGUUGCUCCCACAGCAGCAAUUGCAGCAGCAAACGCUGCAGCAGCAGCAGCAGCAGCGAGUGAUGGAACCAACUGCAUCUCAGCAACCGCAGCAUAUGGGACCGCCGCCUGUUGCACAGGCUGAUGACCCGUCAAAGCAGCAGCAGCAGCUGGAACAGUGGCGCCAGCAGCAGUACAAUGCAACCCACAGAAAUGUCGCCCAGCCACUCCAGCAGGAAAGGCGGGCGCCAUCUCUUAUGGGGAUUGGCACAGGUUCGUUUCCUGCUAGCGCGGAGCCCAAUGGCGUUAAAAGCUCUCUGGAUAGAGCUGAACAUGGGCAGAAGCGGCAGCAGCAGGAGCAACAAGAGCAGCAAGACAGUGCUCCCGAAGACAUGCCGCCGUUGCAACCACUCGCGCGCCCAAUCAACAACCGUAUCGACCCAGCCCACAUUCCUCGUCCUGAAUGGAAUGACCAAAUAACGAAUGUGUACGGCAAGAGAAUAGAGACAGAUAAGGCAGGGGCUUCCCCUCCUUCUCCUGCCGGGUUUUAUACGGCAAUUGACAAGGGCUGUUGCAGCUGCAGGUUCAUGCGCUCUACCAUUAACCAGGUUCCGGCAUUCAGCCACAGUCUUGAGCUCUCUCGUCUGCCGUUUGCCAUCAUUGUUACCCCCUUUGCUGCACAGCCCCCCACUGAAGAGGCAGUGCCUCUAGUGGACUUGCGGAUCAGCAAGAGAGAGGCGGAACAGCCCUAUUCAUAUGGCGAUCCAGCGGCAACAGCAGCAGCUCAUCAGGACGCUGCAGACGUCAAGGCGCAAACGGAGUUCUUUGGUGGCUAUGUCGAGGUACAAGAGUCAGAUGCAGAGGAGGAUACGGAUGCAGGGAGCAGCAGUGGGAAUGCUGCGUCUGCCGUUAGCAGCCGGAGCAAGAGCAGCUCCAGAGCAGGAGCGAGCAGUGAGGGAAUUGUUCGGUGUAGCAACUGCAUGGCUUACCCAAGAGCAGCUCCAGAGCAGGAGCGAGCAGGCGAAGUCACCCGACAGCAUCAACUUAGGCAGCAGCAGCUGCACCAAGCAGAGCAGCAGGGCAUCCAGCAGCAACUCGACGGAACCAGCCUGGAGCAGCCGCAGAUGCAGCUGAGCAGCUGGGGGAGAGCGCAGGCUGGUGUUUCUUCUAGGGCGGAUGCUGACAGUCAGUGUGGCGAUUUCCUUCCGCGGAACUACACCAGCAGCAACAGCAGCAGCCUGCGGCCGUGUAUCGUUUUUGUAAUUGAUGCAACAGCUGCGAGUCUCACGUCGGGCCUUUCACAUGCUGCUGCUACGGGACUGGAACAAGCGCUCCGCGACGUGCACCUACAGGUGGAUAUUUGCCUGAUUCUCGUCUCUGACAGGCUAUAUUUCAUUCCUAACACUAACCAGACCGGACAACAGCAGCAGCGGCAGCAGGGUUUGCAGCUUUUGGUCGUGGACGACGUUUCGGAUCCGUUCUUGCCUGCUCCAGUAGAGCAUUGCUUUUUUCGGCCCCAGGACAGAGACGAACUGCUGUGGGCAGUGUCACUUCUCCCAGCGGCUCUCAACAACUGCGUCAACAUAUCUCAUGCAUCAGCAGCGAAUGCUGCUCUAAAGGUAGCGGUCGACUUGAUAGCCGAGAGAUCCGCGGGAGGAAUGGUGGAAAUGUUUUACUGUGUCUUGCCAGACGUCGGUGUCGGAGCGCUGAAGCAGUCCGCUAAGGCAUCAGAAGGGCCAGCAAAAUCCACCGAGAUCCACCAACAAGACUUCUACAACUCCAUUGUAACACAAUGCUUUGCAGCGUGUACAUGCGUAGAUGUCUACGCGUGCCCCCCACCCAACGUAACGCUGGAGCUCCAGUCCCUAGGUUUUCCUGCACAGCAAACGGGAGGAGACAUCCGCUUUGUGCCAGAAUUCUGUGGCUCAAGAGACAAGGAAUGGGUGGCUGCUGAGAUGAGGCGAAUUUUCACAUCUUGCUUCUACUUCGAUGUUGAGUUUAAACUGCGUCUCUCAAAGGGCUUGGCGGUUGACAGAAUCUUGGUCUCCUUUUCAGGGGCCAGGUCGCUGGUGGACCAAAGCACUUUCCGGCUGCCACGCCUCAACGCACAGUCAACACUGCUGUUUCAGCUGAAGCACACUGAGCAGCUGGAGACGCAGAAGAACGUCUAUGCCCAAAGUGUCUGCGCCUACACCCCAAUGCACCCCUCCAAGAGAGUACCGAAUCGGCGUCUACUCAGGGUGCACUCGUUGUCGUUGCCCAUAACGUUUUCUCUCGCCUCGCUGUUCCGCUAUGCAGAGGUGGACGCUACGGCAUUUCUAUUGGCCAGGACUUCGGCAAUUAUGGAGCUUCAUCAGGAACCUCAGUGGCGUGAAAAAGCCAUCAAGAAUCUCGUCGAGAUACUUAGCGCCUAUCGCAUUAAUUGUGCAAGCGCAUCCUCUGAGGGUCAGCUUAUCCUGCCAGACUCUCUCAAGCUUCUCCCAGUUUACCUGCAGGCGCUAUUUAAGCACGCUGCUUUCCGCCAGUCCACAGUGGACCCCCAGGUCCGCUUGUUCCAGCUACUGCAGUUCCUGCGGAUGUCAAUAUCUGAAUUCUCAACUCAUCUCUAUCCCCGUCUCUGCCUCUUGCACAAGUCCUACCUGCAGCCGUCCGGCAGCAAAGAACGCAAGGCCCUCGAUCGGGUGGGGGAGUACUCUGGCGUCGAAAAUUUCGUAUGGAUGCCGCAAUCUCUGCCGGCCAGUGGCACAAACAUUCUAAGUGACGGGGUCUACCUGUGCGAAGCUGGAUCGUACAUGCUUUUGUACAUAGGCCAGCACGUCCGGAGAGAGUAUAUAAUAGACCUUUUUGGAUUCGAUGCACAACUUGACGAGCGCUCAACGGCCGAGCUUCGCCUUCAAAAUGUUGAAGGAACAGCGGGAGAGAGAAUCCUUCGCGUCGUUGAGCAAAUUCGUUUUGAAAAGUUUGACGCCCCUUUCAUCCCCUUGCGGAUCGUCGCGCCGAAGUAA